ACACACACACACGCAUAUAUAAAACGCGGAGCUAACUUCAUCGCGUACAACUGACGGUUUCAUUUGUUUUUAAUUGAAAAUUUUUAAACAGCACCACGGCUAACGACGCGAAAACGUUUUUUCAUAAUUAUUUGUGAAAACUUCUGAAAAAAUUAUCGAAAUGGUGCUACAGUGCUGCGUAAAAGGUUGCGAAACUGUUGGAAACAAUAAUUUUCAUAGUUUUCCAACAAAUAAGUUGAGGGCCGAAAAAUGGAUUGCUGCAACGAAAGCUUUCCAUUUGGUUGAACGGUUGAAUGCCAACAAAUUGGCGAAUUCGUAUUACAAAGUUUGCAGAAAGCAUUUCGACGGGUCAGACUUGACCAAGAACGGAAAAGGACAGAUUGUGGUGAAACCAGAUUGCUUGCCGAGUCUGUUCCUGCCCAAUGAAACUGUCGUUCCACCAGCUUCAGCGAUAGCAUAUGGUUCACAACAUCAGCGUUCACUGGCAACGAACAAAUUGACGAAACCGGACGAACAGGUUGAUGAUACCGACAAAGCCGUAAAUGUGGUCAAAUUGAUAUCCGAGGAGGAGCUAAGAAAUCAUCAGAAGACUGCUCGUCAGACCGCCAACUGCUCCAAAGUUACAGAAGUCACGGUUUGUGUGUACGUUUGGUGUCGGUGCGGUCUUACUAUGUUUCGUUUCGUUUCCAACGAUCAACAGGUGAAUGAGAUCGACAGCGACGUACAUGUGGUUGAUGGGAUAUCCGGAAAUCACCCCGUAAAUCAAGAGAACAGUGAUCGACAGACCGACAACUGCUCCAAAGUUACAGAAGUCACGGUUUGUGUGUCCGUUUGGUGUCGGUGCAGUCUUGUUAUGUUUCGUUUUGUUUCCAACGAUCAACAGGUGAAUGAGAUUGAGGUGAUAUCCGUAAAGCACCCAGUAAAUCAACAGAAAAGUGCUCGUCAAACUGCCAAUCGCUCCAAAUCAAGCCCUAAAGCCUCGAUAACAAUGGUUUGUGUAUAUGUUUGGUGUCAUGUGCAGUCUUGUUAUGUGUCGUCUUGUAUUUUAUUCAAUAAAUGUGAUCGUCUUGUGUGUCUACGAUUUUUCUUUUAAUUAGA